CUUUUGGAAACAGUCUGUGUUUAAAGUCCGUCGAUGCUGGACCGGUGUGUAUUUCUCUGUCGUUUCGAAUUCAAAAAUUUAUCAUAGUAUCUAAAGGUACUUCUCAGUGCCGUUACGAAUUGGCCGUUUCUAUUUUAUGUUCUUGUUCUGCGUUAAUUAUUUAUGAUUCUCUUUAUGAUUUUUAUUUCCUUUUGGGUUCACCUAGAUUUUUCCUGUUUUAUUUUGUGGAGAAAUAAAUAAAUACUGUGCCAAAAAAAAGAAGAAAAAUCACAUAAAAGAAAAAACAAAAAGAAAAAUUAGUGACGCGUGAAAAUCAUAAAAGAAAAUUGUUUAAACAAAAUAAAAUUAUAAUCUUUCAUGUGUCUUUAUGUUAAUCAUCCUUAAACAAAAUCAAAAGAAGCACACAAAAUAAAUAAAAAAUAGAAGAAAAAUAAAACGUGAAACUGAAAAAGUGAUCGUGUCUUAUGUUUUCUUACCUACUCACCUUUUGUAUUGAAAUUUAUUCCAAAAUUAUUUUAUUGGAAAGUGUGUCUCGUAAAGUUGUGAUCAUGUCAAUAGUUUCAUUCAAUAGAAAUACAUAAUUGAAUUUUUCUCAAGACCGCGAGUAACCAUAAAGAACAAUAUCAAAACCACCAUCGUAGUCAACCAAAUCAACGCAACGGACCCGUGACAAUCGUGAUGAUGAUUGCGAUCAAUAAUCCCAAGCAGUCUCAACCACAGCUGUCAACAUUCACGAUCGCCACAAAUAACAAUAACAACAUUAAAUUGAGCCAACCAACUUCAAUAGGGCAUCCAAAUCAGGGGAAAACCCCUGCUACAGCUCCAGAUUUGUCGCCACCAGAUUUUGACUUUAACUUACCAUGUCGAUAUUUUAAGAGUUCAUUUGCUCGGUCGUUGUCCUUGAAUUCUGGAGCCUCGAAUCAAUCAAAGUCAAUGGACUACAUUGGAACGAUAACGGCGACGACAACCAACAAGAAUGGCGGAUCAACACCUCCGCCGCUGCCACUGCCGCUGCCCCCAUCAUCAUCAUCAACGGUGGUCAAUCGAAAGUGCUCCACCGACAUCAGUAGAAGGAAUUCAGAGCUAUUGCCAGAGAUCGCGGUGCCCCCAAUCCCGGCUAGAAGGCAGAAUAUAGAAACAUCUGCCAUAAUUCCCACAGCAAGUGUUGUCAAUAAUGGUUUGUCAUUGUCAUCGUCGUCGUCUUCUUCUUCGUCGCACCAUUUAAGGAACGCUUGCAAUAGUAAUAGCAACAACAGCAGCAGCAGCAGCAGUAGUAACACAAAUCGCGUAACCACCAUCACCAACAACACCACCAGCACCACCGGCUCUGGGAAUCAGGCGACAGUUGGCCGUUUGCAGCCUCACGUAGCCAAUAAUGGUGGCAAUGGAAACAGCAAUCACUUUGUAAGGAGAAACGUUUGCUGGCCUCCAUCAUCGUCGUCGGUAUCGUCAUCUUCAUCAUCGGGGCUGCUGUCCUCUGGAGAACAGGAAUCACCACAACUGCUUGACGAUACGGAACAUGAUUUGAAACUAAAUGGAGAAUAUUCAGAGAAUCGAUUUGAAAUUGUUGAUUCGUCUACAAAUGUUGAAGCUGUUAUUUUACAAAAUCAAGUUGAUACACUCCAGUGGCAAUUGAAACAGGCCGAAACAAGCUGUGGCAUGUACCGCGCCGUAAUGGAAGAAGUUGCCCGAUUCCUCGAACGAUUCCAGAAGAAUUCUGCCUGCAGCAGAAGUGAGCAGAUAUCACGUUCGAAAAGCAUGUAUCAUGUUUAUAGCGAUGUCGAUAAAGGUUCAGAUUCUGGAAAUUCUUCAGUCUAUCCCAGAGCCAGGAGCAGUACGAAUUUGAUCGAUCUAAAACGAAUGUCACCAAGUUCAUGUGGUGGCGAUAGUACCAAGAGUGGUGAAGAGGAUCAUUAUGAUCUAGCCUCACCAAUUGAUAGCACUUAUAGCACUUUUAAAGAUUUCACAUGGCGUCGAUCUCCAAAGAAACGAGCCGAGUUGAAGUUCAACGAAGAAGCCGAGGAGAAACUUACCAAGGAAGCAUUUAGACUAUCGAGGACGAUUCAUAAUUUACUACACACCCAACAGCCAGAUCUUACCCAGCAUAGGCAAUCCCUAAGCACAAGGGUCAAGCCUAUACCCAUCAGUGAGAAUAUGCCACCCGAUGCAGCAGCAACCCACCAGAAAGCCAAUCUUACCGCCGAAAUGCUAUUUCUGCGAACUAUCAAUAUGCGAGAUUCCCGCCUAUCACUAAGAAGCAGCACCGAUAGUUCAGUCCAUUCGACAUCGUCUUCGUCUAAGAUCGAAACCGACGAGGAGAACUAUUCACCGCCUUUGUUGAGCAAACAAUGUGCCAAUUUGUGCUCGACAACCGAAGAUGAGAGUGGAUUCAGUUCGAUAAGCUCCUUCCAAGAAAUUGGUGUACCUCUAAGCUCCACCAUGAUAUCAUCUAGCUCGACAGGUACAUCCCACCUGGGUCUAGACGAUAGCAUCGAUCAGAGUGAUUUUAAUUUAGAUAGCCGGAAUUCCACCCUCAAGGCCGCCACCGCACAUACAGCAAAUAAUAUUGGUUUGCCUUUGCCCCUUCCCCAUAGCAACGAUAACAAUCGAUGGGAUUCGAAAACAUAUCGGAAGAAUAAAUUCCAGAGAUUUUCAACACUCUCCAAUGAGGAUUCAUCCACCGUUUUAUGGGUUUAAAAAAAGAAAACACUUUUUAAACCCACCAAAUUCUUUGAGAAGCAUUUUAUAUAAAAAAAUAACAAGAAAAAAUAUAAUAUAAAAAAUGUAUUUAAAAUAUUUAUUUAAGAUUUAUAAAUUUAAGUUUUGAAUAAAUAAAUUUUGUUUUAAACAAAUUUAUUUAACUAAAAAGAAAACAGGCACAAUGUCUCAGUGGUGUAAGUUUUUUUAAUUUUUCUGUAAUAAAUCAUAUAUUAAAAAAAUAUGAGUAAAAUAUUAAUAAAUGAUUUUAAAAAAAUGUUAUUUUUGGAAUUAUGAUGUUUUAGAAUGAGACUUGUGCAUAAUAUAUUUGUGUUAAGUGCAUCCAAUGAUUAGAAUUAAAAAAUAGUUUGUUUUUCUUUCUUAAUUUAUGUCGAAUCUUUGUUUUGAAAAAGAAAAACAAAAGAAAUGCUUAUUCAAAGUUUCCUUUUAUGAAUUCAUUAAAAUAUGCAAAAGAAAAAACUCGUUAAGGUUCGAGUAUUGUAAGAGUAUUGUAAGAUUUUAUGCAUUUUCUUAAAAAAAAACACAAAAACUAAGCAUCUGAAUAUAAAAUACCUAUCUACAUAAUGCAUAAUAAAUUUUAUUACGAAUAAAAUAUUUUGU